ACGUGGGUUGCGGGGGGCGGGCGGGAGGGAGAAAAAGCGGAGGCAGCGGGAGCGGCCGGGCUGAGUGAGUAGAGAGGAGAGGAGCGCAGGAGGAGAGAGCGACGCCGACUGCCAGGGAGAGAGACGCUGAAGAAGGACAAGGACCGGUGACACCCAGAGAAGGACAGAGAACCAUGGCGUCUGGCAGUACUCCCGCCAGUGAGGAGGAGCGCAGUCUCCGGGAAUGUGAGCUCUAUGUCCAGAAGCACAACAUCCAGGCACUGCUCAAGGAUUCUAUUGUGCAGUUAUGCACUGCCCGGCCUGAGAGACCCAUGGCAUUCCUUAGGGAAUACUUUGAGAGGUUGGAGAAGGAGGAGGCAAAACAGAUUCAGAAUCUGCAGAAAGCAGGAACCCGUACAGACUCAAGAGAGGAUGAAAUCUCUCCUCCCCCUCCCAACCCAGUAGUGAAAGGUCGCCGGCGACGUGGUGCUAUCAGUGCGGAAGUCUACACAGAGGAAGAUGCUGCAUCGUAUGUUAGAAAGGUUAUACCCAAAGACUAUAAGACAAUGGCUGCUUUAGCCAAAGCCAUUGAAAAAAAUGUGCUGUUUUCACAUCUUGAUGAUAAUGAAAGAAGUGAUAUUUUUGAUGCCAUGUUUCCAGUCUCUUUUAUUGCCGGAGAGACGGUUAUUCAGCAAGGUGAUGAAGGGGAUAACUUCUAUGUGAUUGAUCAAGGAGAAAUGGAUGUAUAUGUGAACAAUGAAUGGGCAACCAGUGUUGGGGAAGGAGGGAGCUUUGGAGAACUGGCUUUGAUUUAUGGAACACCUAGAGCAGCCACUGUCAAAGCGAAGACCAAUGUGAAGCUAUGGGGUAUUGACCGAGACAGCUAUAGAAGAAUCCUUAUGGGAAGCACGCUGAGAAAGCGAAAAAUGUAUGAAGAAUUCCUUAGUAAAGUAUCUAUUUUAGAGUCUCUGGACAAGUGGGAACGUCUCACAGUAGCUGAUGCAUUGGAACCAGUCCAGUUUGAAGAUGGGCAGAAGAUUGUGGUUCAGGGAGAACCAGGGGAUGAGUUCUUUAUUAUAUUAGAGGGGACAGCUGCUGUGCUACAGCGUCGGUCAGAAAAUGAAGAGUUUGUUGAAGUGGGAAGAUUGGGACCUUCUGAUUAUUUCGGUGAAAUCGCACUGCUGAUGAAUCGUCCUCGUGCUGCCACUGUGGUUUCACGUGGGACCUUGAAGUGUGUUAAGCUGGACCGGCCUCGUUUUGAACGUGUCCUUGGCCCGUGCUCAGAUAUCCUCAAAAGAAACAUCCAGCAGUACAACAGUUUCGUGUCACUGUCUGUGUGAAAUGUGCCUCCUGUGCCUCCCUCCUCCUUAGUCCAUGCUUCACUCUGCAGCUGCGUUGUUUCCCCUCCUUGCAGCGCCAAGUGGCCACUGGCAUUACAGCUUCUUGUCUUUAUAUUAUUACAAGUUGCUUUUAUUGCACCGUUUUUAAUUUGGAGCAUUAACUAAAUGCUCGUACACAAAUAAAUAUAAGAGUUCCGUGGACUUCGCUGUUACUGCUUCUCUUUGUGCAGUGUUAGUGUUCAGCUGGGCAGUGAGUGCCAUGCUUUUUGGUGAGGGUGGUUCCCAGCACCAGUGAUUACCAUAGAGUACUGAUGAAACAGUUCAAGAUUUCUGUGAUACAAUUUCCAGUUAUAAACAUAAUUUAGAGUGUGGCCAUAUAUGCUGUACUUCUGUAUAGAAUGAAUGAUUUCUCAUUAAGCCCCAAGAAUUAGGAAAAAUGGAUAUAGAAAAUCUUAGUGUAGUAGAAAGACAUAUGCUUGUAAUUAAACUAGUUUAAGGGUGGAAAAAUGCCCAUUUUUGCUAAUCAUUAGAUGAAUAUGAUUGUUUCAGCUCCCUCAACCUGAAUUUUCAUUUGCCGUGGUAUUUUUGCCUGAUUUGUCUGUCUUGUUAUUAAUGUUUCCUCUCUAGUUCUGCAGUGUUUUUAUGUAUGCCUAUCUGUAUCUGCCUUUUAAGUUUGAAACUGAGUCAUAGACUGAAAAUACUGGUUAUGGUUUAACUACAUCUGCCUCAGCCCACAGAUUCUGAUUAGACUUUAUCCAGCUAGUGCCAAAUACUGAUGAUAAGAUGCUACAUUGAGAAUAAGGAUUUGAGAUCUGGAUUCUUGGUUGUUACUUUAGAGUGUUUGGUUAUGUUAUGUCCUUCAGUCAACUCCAGUAGCAUCUCCUGUGCUGAGUAAACUCUGAUUCCUGGAGAUUGGAUUUGCUGAGCAUAUACAGAUGGAACAAAUGGGCCAGGGAGAGAGCUCAGUGGCACAGUGCCUGCCUGGCAAGUGCGAGUUCCUGAGUUCGAUUCCGAGUAUUGAAACAAAAAAGGUUUUCAGAUCAAACACACAUCAUACAGAAAAAUGGAGGUUAUGUUGCUAAAGGGAGGAACCUGGUAGAUAAAGUUAGUUUUGGCAAAUUUUCCCUCACUAAAUUCAUUGCAGUGUGAGAUUUGGGAAGUAGUUUUUAUACUUGGGUUUAACCUUUUCUCCUCCUUUUUUUAUGUCAAGUAGAAUUUUUGAUGGGGUAGAGAAAGGUAGGGUAUGCUUGAGUGUGGUCUAACAGGCCAUUCUGCUGAAAGUCUGGCUUUCCUGUCCAGUCUGUAUUUCUCUGGCUUUGUUUUUCUUUUUUUAAGUAAACUGUGUUUUAAGUCUUAACUGUAUUUCAGUAUUUUCCAGCCUUAUGUGUUACAUUAUUCCAAUCUUACUAAUGAUUUAUUUUUAUUACUGUUAUUUUUUAAACAAGAUUUCACGGUUCCAUAAUGUAGGCACUUUUAUUUUCAUUGUGAUUUUAUAUAUAUAUAUAUAUAUAUAUAUAUAUAUUUUAUAUAUAUAUAUAUAAAACGUAGGAUUAUAUUUGGGAAUGACUGCAAGUAUUUUCCACCUGUGUGCAAUUGGUUCUGAUUAAUAAUCCCCUCUCCUAUCCUUUCCCAGGCAAUUUAAAUUGGCAAGGGUAGUUUUUUUCAUAGGUUUGAAAAGUGUGUAGGUUGUUACUAACUUGGAAUAGAAAUCUGAAACAUUUUAUUUACAUUUUAGUGUGGAAUAGAAAGUCACCUUGUAACCUUUUUAAAUUUCCAAUAUCUAAAUUAAAUGAGGCUUUUAUGAUCUGUACUUUGUGUUUGGCUACCUUUUUUAUAUUUAAAACACAAAAAAGUCAUGUUCAUAUCAGCUUAAAGCUUGAUUCGAUCUUUGUUUAAAUGCCAAAAAUGUACUUAAAUGAAUUAAGGUAAAAUGCCAUGAAAUUAGUUUCAUAUAUGUGGAUAAUCAUUGUCAUGUGUAUUUAGAUACGUAUACUGCUUUCUAAGUGAGAUUUACUCAAACCAUUUGGCUUGUUGUACUCCCUUUUGUAGUUUUUAAUCAUAGAUAUUUUAAGAUAAGCCUAGACUUAAUUAUUACAUUUAAAGCUUUAUACUUGUGCAAUCGAAGUAUAUGUCAGAAAUCACAGUUGGCAUAAUUUGUCUUGUUGAUAUUCAGGGCUUACAGAGUCGUCAUUUCUGGAUUUGGUGAGUCAUUUUAUGAGAUCUGCUUUAGAAAGUAUAGAUGGCCAGAGGACCAUUUUGUAUUGUUUCCUGGUUACCAGUCUGAUUAUACUAUGUGUGUUAAUAUAUGCUAUUCUUUUUGUUAUAGAUUGUCUUAAUAGUAGGUCAAGUAAUAAAAGAUUAAAUAAUUUAAAUUCCUAAA